AUGAUCUCAAAACCUCCAGCAAUUGAUGAUAGUAUUAAUCAUGAACAACCACCAGUUCAUGUAAAUACGACUAAUGGACAACAAUUGUUACCCUUUCCUGUAAAUGAAAAUAUAAUGGCAACUUCAAGCAUCAUUAAUCGAAGAUCUUCGUUACAAAAUCUAGAUGAUGUAUUGGAAAAUUUUAAAAAUGAUAUGCUUCAUGUCUUUGAUCGCAGGACCGAAAAAGAAACUUGUAUGAGAUAUGUGAUUUCACCACAAUAUAAUCAAGGGGCAUACCGAGGAUAUUUUUCUUUAAAUGAUAAUUCAACUUUAUUUACUUUUCCUAAACUUAAUGAAGAACGGUUACAUAGUUUAACAUUACAAGUGGUGGCCGAUUUUAAUACUUCCUAA